AGGUUUCACUCCGCUGCUGGCCGCGUCUUCCCACUGGUGUCCGAAAAGCUGUCUCCCUCAAGCCGGGUCACUUAAGCUAAUCCAACAGAAGGAGAAAAAAAAAAAAAAGAACCCCAGCUUUUUGCGUAUCAGCAAGAUGAUUAAACUGACCACACAGGGGUAAUGAAAAACACAGUAUUCAGGUCGCAUCUCAACAAGAAGAUGGUGAACCUACACUACAAGACAUGGCUGUACUUAUUGAACAAGUCACUGGAGUUCCAGUUCCUUUUCAGAAGCUGAUAUACAAAGGGAAGUCUCUGAAAGAACUGGAACAACCGUUGUCAGCACUUGGUGUUAAAAAUGGUUGCAAAGUCAUGUUGAUUGGGAAAAGGAAUAGUCCAGAAGAAGAGGCUGAAUUAAAGAAGUUAAAAGAUUUGGAGAAGUCAGUGGAGCAAAUAGCUAAUAAGUUAGAGGAAGUUAAUAAAGAAUUCACAAGUAUCCAGAAGGGAUUUUUAGCAAAGGAUCUCCAAGCAGAAGCACUAAAACAGCUGGACAAGAGGGUAAAAGGAACUGCAGAGCAGUUCAUGAAGAUCCUGGAACAGAUUGAUGCCAUUAAUCUGCCAGAGAAUUUCAGUGAUUGCAAACUGAAAAAGAAGGGGUUGGUGAAAAGGGUUCAGGUUUUUCUUGCCCAGUGUGAUACCAUUGAAGGAAAUAUUGGUCAAGAAAUGGACAAGCUACAGUCAAAGAAUUUGUCGCUGGCAGAAUGAGGCCUUGCCCUACGUAAUUAGGAAACAUAAUUGCUCUAUGAGCAAGAAGAAAAGUUUGCUCUUUGUUUUGGAGCACGUAUUCAGCUUUUUUUUUUUUUUUUUUUAAAGCCCAGUCUGUUAGACUGGUACUAGUCAAUCAUUUCUUGCUGGUUGUCUUGUUUGCCGCUUGGUUAGACCUAUUAUUUUGAAAAGAAAACCCUUCCUGAAGAAUUGCAGAAAUAAUCUUUGUGGUGAAUUGUUAUGUAUCUUAUGGACGAAUGUUUAGUUAACUAAGUUACAAAGUUUGCAGUAAUGGGCAAUUUUGUCUGAUAUGUCUUGGAAUUUAUUUACAGCUCAAAUCAAAGAAGGUCUGUAAUCGUACAAGUGCCAUAAGUUGCAAUUGUAGGACUUCAGCUUGAAGGAAAAAGGCAAACUGAGACGACAUCUGGGGAAGUCGAACAUUGCAGUAGACAGUUCAGAGCAAUAAAAAAACCCCUACGCAUUUGUAUCUACUUAAUGUUUGUAUGCAUUUAUAAAUAUAAGAAAGCUUGACUUAUAAGGGAGUCGUACCUAUUUUAGCCUUAAAUUGUCAUAAUAAAUGGCAUGUACUGUAACAUGUAUGGUACUUAAUUUUGAGUGGUGCUUUAAGUUGUUACUGAGCUCCUUGAUACAGACGUAUGUUUUUUUACAUAGAUUUCUGAGGUACUGUGUUUUUUAUAGAUUAUUCUUAUUUUUAUUGUUUGUGUUCCGUCUUGAGUUAUGGUGGAAAAUGAAAUGAGGUUACUCAUGCUGCUCAUACGCCAAGGGUUCAGUUCAAGCAAAGUAUAACUAAGGAGCUAUUUUGAAAGGCUUUUUUAUACUUCUUUUCUGAUUUCACUGAAUUCAUGAUGCUAUAUUUAAUGGAAAAUUGCAGUGAUUAUUUCUAGUCUGUUAAGGUAAUCGGUGAAUUUUUAUAACGUGUUACAAAGUGACGCAACUUUAUUUUCGCAAUGCCAUGCAACUGAGGAUGAUGACUGAUUCUUGCAGUCCGAUACGUGCCAUGCUUAGCUUUCUCUGUUAGGUGAAAAAUAAGCUUUUGUGGGGGAGAUUGUAACUGUCAGCGGGUGCAGCCAACUUUGCAGUUGUUGGUCAGAGCCCGUAUCUAAUGUACCUGUAGCGGGAGUUGCUUUUUCACUGAUGCUUCUGGUCGGUAGGUCGGUCGUGUAUGCAGUGGCUGGUGAAGUAUUGACUGGAAAGGAGCCCAUUUCCCUGGGGAAAGAAAAGCUGUCUUGUCUCAAAUGAGUCAGACUGAGGAUGUUUGGAAAUGGCCCCUAGGUAGUGAGUCUGUAUCCACAUGCCUCUGUUUUAAGAUUAGCUGUCCUUUCAAGAUGAAGUAGGAAAUGUGUCUAAAAAAAAAAAAGUUAACUUCUAACAAGUUAUAAACCUUAAAUGACACCUAAAGUAUUAUUAUUAAAGUAUUAUCUGUGAUGUAUGUAAUUGGAGGAGCAUUUCUUUAGUGAAAAAUGCCAUCGGACAAAUGAAGUGAUGGCCCUGCAUUAGAAAGGGUCACUUUUAUUCUAAAAAUGCUUUUUGACCAUACCAAGAUUGGAGUUGCCAUAGUUUUUGCAGUUAACCAGUUUCUUCAGGGUGGUAGGUUGUAUUUUUUCCAUGUGCAUGGAAAUGUUCCAUGUCUCUUCUCAGCAUCUGUGGGGGAUUUUAAGGUCUAAGCUCCUAGGAGGCUUGUCUGUCAUGUUAGAAAAUGGUAUGUUUGGUAGGACUGUGGGUAUUUUUUCCUAGGCUACUAAAUCUGGUCAUGCUGCAUUUUCCCAGCACUUUAAGGUUAGGAGGAAGAAGAGUUGGUUGUAGCCAUUUUUGUGAAGCCCUACCUAGCUUGGUGCUGCUUCGGGUCCAGAUUCAGCUGACUCUUAAACCCACCAGCAACACAGUUGCCUAAUUCGGGGGAUGCAAGAUUACCCACUUCCCCCUGGUGGAAAGGAUCCUCACCCUCUCAAAUGCAAGUCCUCUAAUGCCUUGAACAUUUGCAGAUGCAUAAACAAAGUAUCCUCUUGUGCCCGUGAAGACAACUGGGAGCUGUGGUUAUGGCAGGGACUGCGACCGUUUCUGCUGCUCCUUCGUAUUCUUCUCUCUUGGGUGGGAACACUGAGGCUGUGGGCAGACUUCAUCUUCCCAGAAACCACUGCUUCUUGAGAUGUGCUUGUGUGAGUCCGUCCUCAGCCUGUCUCAAAGCCAGGUGGAUUAACUUUAAAAUGUUCCGUAGCAGAUCUUGUGAUAAUCUGGUACUUAGAGGCAAAGGAAGUGAUGAUGAACCUCUCCCACCAGCACAUCUGGAUUCAGCAGAGGGUGGGCGUCCUGGGCUGAAGUUACCUUACAGUGGUAACUCCUGGUAUCAGGGCAUUUGGUUUCUAGGACAAAAGUAGGUGUAUGAAGUAUAAAAGUUUUUGUCUUCCAAAUAUAAAAAUGAGUUGAUUUGUUUCGGAAAACAAAUGGUUGUACUUAGAGUUAGCUAAGACUUUCUAGAGUGGAUUGACUUUUAUACCUAGUUUUGAAAGACGAGCCCCACGCUUCAUAAUAGCCUUAAGUUUCAGUAAAAGCAAACUUCUAUGCUUUUGAAAAGUGGAACAGACUACAGUUGUGGGAGGAAGGGGAAGGAAGAGGUAAUUUUAAAUAUUCUACACAAUUUGUAAAGGUAAACGUAGAUCUUGAUCAAGCUUAAGGUAUAUUCUCACUGAUUCUGUAGUCUCGGUGUACUCUUGUACCUAUUUUGCUACUGAAUCAAUUAUUUCCUCGCCCCAGCCAUCUGCCCUGAUCACCUCAAAAGAGAAGUGACUCCCUUCUCCCUUAGCUACACCGACCCAUCGUCUUCCUCCGGCUGCCGUGUUGCUCUGGAUGGGUUUACACACCUGGGAUUUGCCAUCCGGGCAAAAUGUCUCACCACGACGUUUGUCUUUUUAUGAAAGCGGAAAUCGAAUCACGCACUCCCCUGCCUGCCGUGCUCCCCCAGCUCCCUACAAGCUGUCGUGCGGGACGAACCAGACCCGGUGUUUGGGGGAGCCGCGGGGUCUGGAGCCGGGGGAUGGCUUGCUCUCUGGUCACGGCGUCCUCUCUGACCAAGUCCUCCCGAGGGUAAAGUCGCUGUAAACCCAGGGUUUGACUUUUAAUGGUUGCUUGUGGCUUGGAGCGGAGUACUUGGAACUUGGGGGU